AUGGCGAGCCAGUCAAUCAAGAACAGCUCACCUGUGGGAACUGUUGCACGGGUUGGAAACAAGACGUCUGAAAGAAUAACCACAGUGAUGCCGCCUAUCACACGAACCAAAGGGGCUCCGGUGGCCACCACCAACUCUACUGCAGUCAUGACAGAGACAGCAGAAAGGGCAGCGGUGGGCGUGGCAACAACUGUGGCACCUGUGACCGACGUCCCGACCCCCAGUGCCUCCAUGGGGCCCGCGUUGUCCUUCCCCACGUCUGCCACGAGGACUGUUCCCACUCUGGACACCAGGCACCCACCUCCCAGCACACCCCACGCCCACGUGCCAGGGAGCAGCAGCACUUCGCCAGGAACAACAGUAGUGACAAUGCAAGCCCUGAGUGACAAGACAGUGGCCACGCCAAAUGCAAGCGGUCUAGUCAGCACGCACAGUCCUUCCAAACCCAUGACAGGCAACUCCACAGCAGACCUCAGACCCCCCACAAGCCUCCAGGUCCCGAACACAACUGCACAAGGCCCCACCCCCCGGGCGUCAACUGGCCAGCCUAGGGCCACCACAGCAGGUCGAUCCACACCCACUCUGUUGGAGACAACCCUCAAGCCCACCACCAUCCCCUCUGUGUCUUCAGUGCCCACGACAACAGCAGCCACCACCAAGGCACACUUGAAGGAGCCCACCGCCAACACAGCGCCAGCACCUCACACCAGCCCAGCCCCUACAACCCAGAUGCAGCCAAAUCUUACACCAUUGACCCAGGGGCCCACAGAACUAGCCUCCACCCAGACCCUGGGGCCGAUGGGGACAGAAGUUUUAUUUGCCCUGCAAGCCUAUGAGAGCUACAAGAAGAAGGAUUACACACAGGUGGACUACCUAAUCAACGGCAUGUAUGCCGACUCUGAAACUAUCUGGAUAGCUAUCCUGUCAUACAAAUUAAUACACCAAAUGCUGGAGUAUGCAAAUCUGGAUCCUGGGGGACUCUUGGCGACUGAAAUUUACAAUUCCAAACCUCAAGGGGAUUGA